AUGGAGCAGACCGGAGAGCAGAUGCUCUCUGGUCUGGUCCGCGCUCUCCAUCCUAAUGUAAUUUGCCGUGUUCAUGGAUCUCCAGGAAGAGCGGGGGACACUGAAAACCACAGUGGGAGGAAGGUGGCCAGCACGGAAAAAGGCAGCCGGAGGGGGGUGGGCCAUGGAGGGAGGGGCAGUGGAGUUGCAGGUUGCAAAGGUCUCCUUUGUUAUGUGGAUUACAUAGACACUUUGACCUGUAAAUAUGCCAAAGACGAAGAUGGAACCAACAACCAAAUCACUUUAUAUUCAAUGAAUGUAGUAUGCACUGGUAUAACCAGUGGCAGAUCUUUCUCCAUGGAAAUGAAGAUGCUACUGGGCCCAAGGGGUCAGACCGCCAAUAAAACUGUGACGACCAUCUUGGGCAGGACAUUUGAAGAGUUGAACAAUGAGACCAGUGAACUGAUUCCAUCAGGUGGUAAAAAUGAGUACACCUGCAAAAUCAAUAUGGAAGACUUCAUCUUUGACACUAAAUGCACAGUUUUCAUCAAUGGGAGCAAUACUUUACAGAAGACCUGUGGACCAUUCAUAAUAGGAAUCAAUUUUAAACCACAGGCACCAUUCAAUCUCACCGUCUCUCUUUCUGAGAAUUACAAUAUUUCCUGGAGAACACUCUAUGACAUGGAUAUAUAUAGAAGUAAUGAGCUGGCCUAUGAGUUGAGCUAUAAGAAGGAUGCUGAAUCAUGGCUGAACCAGAAGACUAUUCAACUUUAUGAAGAUGAGAAAAGUUUGGUCCUCCUGGGAUCACUAUUCAAAGCUGAAGAAAUGUAUGUUGCCAGGGUCCGGGCUCGACCGAAGAACACAUCCAUGUGUGAUUUCAACAGCACCAAGUAUUCAGAAUUGUUCUGGAUUGUUUAUCAAGAGGCUUUGGUGAUCCAGAAUCUGUGGAAGCCGUGGGUAUUAAUACCAAACCCUGCGCUUUUUUUUAAGCCACUCUACAUGGUCCAUCACGGAGAUUUUAAGAGCUGGCUGGGUUCUUCUUACUACCAAGCAACACCAUUUGAUAGUAUGGUAUUCCCAGAAUUCUUUGAAGUUUACAGCCAGGGUUUUCUGAAGAAUGCAUCAAAACAAGAUCUCGUUAGCUUGGAUAAACAGAAACUUUUAGUUACCAAACCAUGCCGAAGUGGAGGCAUUGGAGACUGCAGGAAGUGUGAUUGUAACGGACCAGUUCUAGACAAGGAUUCGGAGAGCCUGCCUCUAGGCCCUCAGCCUUGUGCACACUUCAACAUCAGAGAUGAUCUUGAAGCUGCCAUGGAUACAAGUGGAGAUGACAGCUACCCUUGUGUCAAUCUUGACAGCAACAACAGCAACAUGGUGAACCACAUGCUUGACUGUAAAUCAGAUUCACAAGCUACCAUGUGUUCUUUAAUUCACUCUAACUUGCAUCUGAAAGAAGGUUUCCUAGGACCCAAUCUAAAUAUUUUGGACCUGGUGCCAACUUCGCCAGAAGGGUGGGAGUUCCAGGAUUCUCCAAGCCAAGAAUGUGAUGAAAAUGUUUUUUACAAUGACAAUUAUAAUGCCAUUUCUCCAGACUCAGGAAAUAGUGCUGAUUUUGGCUAUCCCAGGAUUUGUCUAGAUUUGGACACCAUUGACAGUGGUUUCUGUGAUUCUGAAUGCGGGAGCCCAGUGGACAGUGAUUUUGGAAACAAGGGCACACCCCAAGAACCACUCAGCUCAGACUCCUACAAUGGAGAAGAGGAACUAUAUGAAAGAAAUUAUGUGAAACAAUGGGUGCCCAGUCCUUCUGUAUUAGCUGAAUCCACAACAAAAAACCUAACAGAGUAA